AUGGUCAGGCUACCAGUUUCCAGCUUUGGCGGCUUAGCCUCUUUGCUGCUUUCUUCCUCUGUAGAUGCCUUCUACGUUCCAGGUUACUCAAUCAAGACCUACAAAAACGGCGAAUCAAUUCCUCUCAUGGUCAACAAGGCCUACUCCGACAGUACACAGCUUCAAUAUGCCUACUACGAUCUUCCGUUUGUCUGCCCUCCGUCCGACCAUCCCAAAUCGGUUGGAGGCCUGCUUAGUGGCAAGAACGUUCCCCUGAACCUCGGCGAAAUCCUCCGCGGCGACCGAAUCCGAACAUCAGAUAUUGAGCUCGUAAUGAACAAGGAGAUGGGCUGCAAAGCUCUCUGUACCCAGGAGCUAAAUGCAAACGACGUGCGGCGCACCAAGGAGAUGAUCCACGACAUCUACGUGACCGAGUGGAUUGUCGAUAACCUCCCCGGGGCCACCAGCUUCGUCAGCGCCGAUAAGACACGCAAGUACUAUGCCUCCGGCUUCAAGCUUGGCUACAGCGAGCCUUCUCCCUCCACGGGGCAGACCCAUUACUACCUGAACAACCACCACACGAUUGUCAUUCGCUAUCGCAAGGCCCCCGGCAAGGCUGGCGAUCGUGGCGAGAAUAUUGUUCUUGGCUUCGAGGUUUACCCCAAAAGUAUCGGCAGCGACAGCAGACGCGACGCGGACGGCUGCCCCGUUGAUUUGCAGCAUGUCGAGCGAGGGCUGGAGCUGUACAUCGGACCCAACAGAACGACCGAGGCUGCGCCACGGUAUGGCGACGGAGCCUUACGACAGACCGAACGACGAUCCGACGACGAGAACGAAUCUGGCACUCUGACUGUCCCUUACACAUACUCAGUAUACUUUGUAGAAGACAACAAUAUCGAGUGGUCGCACCGCUGGGAUUUGUACUUUGUCAACCAGGAGGACGGCGCGCGCAUUCACUGGCUUGCGAUUGUCAACUCGCUCAUCAUCUGCGGCAUGCUGACUGCCAUUGUCAUGAUCAUUUUCGCACGUACUGUGAACUCCGACAUCAAGGGUUACAAGGACACCUUGGAGAGCAAGUCCCGUGGAAAGAGAGUCCUGAAAGAAUCCCCCGCGGGAUUGCUGGACCAGGGAGGCGACGGACUGGACGCCGAUCUUUCCGAUACUGAGGAGGCCCUGGAAGAUGUCACUGGCUGGAAGCUGCUUCACACUGACGUCUUCCGAGCCCCCAAACACGGCUACCUUCUCGCGCCGCUUGUUGGCUCCGGUAUGCAGCUGCUCUUCAUGGCCAUGGGGCUGGUGCUGCUCAGCGCCCUGGGAUUCUUGAACCCCAGCUUCCGCGGGGGCUUUAUCAGCGUGGGCGUGGGCUUGUUCAUCUUUGGAAGCGUCUUUUCGGGCUACUUUUCCGCCCGUGUGUUCAAGAGCUUUGACGGCAAAGAUUACCGCAAGAAUGCCAUGGUGACGGCGCUGCUGUUCCCUGGUCUGAUGUUUGGUCUGGUCUUCAUGAUCAACCUGUUUGUUUGGGCGCAGGCCUCGAGCACGGCGAUUCCUUUUGGAUCUCUGGUGCUGAUUGUGGUCCUGUGGCUCUGCUUCCAGGUGCCGCUGGUGUACGCGGGCGCCUACUACGGCUUCGUCAAGGCGGGCGGGUGGCAGCAUCCCACCAAGGCCACGGCCAUUCCUCGCCAGCUGCCGAACCACGCAUGGUACAGCAAGUCGGUGCAGGCGGUGUUGCUGGCGGGCCUGAUUCCGUUUGCCGUCAUCUUCAUUGAGCUGCUAUUUGUGUUCCAGUCGCUGUGGCAGAACAAGAGCGGCUUCUACUACAUGUUUGGCUUCCUGGCGGUGGUGUCGAUGAUUCUGGUCGUGACGAUUGCCGAGGUGACGGUGGUGACGAUUUAUAUUCAGCUGUGUUCUGAAAACUACCACUGGUGGUGGCAGUCCUUUUUCGUGGGCGGUGGCAGCGCGGUGUGGAUCUUUGCGUACUCUGUGUGGUACUACAUGUUUAAGCUGCACAUUACGGGCUUUGUGAGCAGCUUACUGUUUUUUGUAUACACAUUUAUCGCGUGCUGUGUGUACGGUCUGUUGACCGGCACGAUUGGAUUCCUCAGCGCCUAUGCGUUUGUGAGGCGGAUAUACAGCGCCAUCAAAGUGGACUAA